GCCUUCGCUUGAGCCAUGGCGGGUGAGGCUGUUCUUGCUGGACCUUGGCAAAGCUUGACACAGUCGUUCUUUUGGCCCAAGCCAUCAGUCGACAUGAAGACCAGAGUCGCCGGUGCAGCUCUGUGCUGCUUGUUGGCCGCCCUCGCCGAAGCUGCGCCCGUGGUCGAUACCACCUACGCCUACACAGGCCCGGCCAUCCCCGUGGGAGACUGGGUUGACCCGACGGUGAAUGGAAAUGGCAAAGGAUUUCCUCGACUGGUAGAGCCACCAGCAGUCGCUCCGUCAACCAAGAACCCGACGAACAAUGUCAACGUGAUCCAGCUGUCCUACCUCCCAAAUGGCAUCAACAUUCAUUAUCAGACUCCUUUCGGCCUGGGAGAGCUUCCGACAAUCAUGUGGGGGACUACAGCUGGCAAGCUGGACAAUGCAACCCACGGCUAUACGCACACAUAUGAUCGAACGCCACCUUGCUCUCUCGUGGCCGUGACUCAAUGCAGCCAGUUCUUCCACGACGUUCAGGUCACCGGUCUCAAACCAGGCACGACGUACUACUACCAGAUCCCCGGGGCCAAUGGCACGACAACGUCCCCGGUCAUGAAGUUCACCACAGCCCUUGCAGCUGGUGACGAAACUCCAUUCUCCAUGGCUGUCCUCAAUGAUAUGGGAUACACCAAUGCAGCAGGUACGUUCCAGCAUCUCACCCAAGCUGUCGACGAAGGUGUCGCCUUCGCCUGGCACGGAGGAGAUCUCAGCUACGCCGAUGACUGGUACUCGGGCAUUCUUCCCUGUGAAAGUGAUUGGCCCGUUUGCUACAACGGCACGUCGACACAGCUGCCUCCCGGGGACUUCCCCUCAGCCUACAACGACCCGCUGCCAGAAGGAGAAGUCCCUAACCAAGGAGGCCCACUGGGUGGCGACAUGAGCGUCCUGUACGAGUCAAACUGGGACCUGUGGCAACAGUGGAUAGGCAAAGUUACCAACAAGGUCCCAUAUAUGGUGAUACCAGGGAACCACGAGGCCGCAUGUGCAGAAUUCGACGGGCCCGGGAAUCCACUCACGGCCUACCUCGACGGCGAUCAGUCCAAUGCAACAGCAGCGAAUAGCAGUCUGACAUACUACAGCUGCCCCCCAUCACAGAGAAACUUUACCACAUACCAACACAGGUUCUACAUGCCCGGCGACGAGACAGGAGGCGUUGGUAACUUCUGGUACUCAUUCGACUACGGCAUGGUCCAUUUCAUCGCCAUUAACGGAGAGACCGACUUCCCCAACAGCCCUGAAUACCCAUUCGAAGCCGACCUGAAGGGCAACGAAACGCACCCGACCGAAUCGCAGACCUACGUCACCGACUCCGGACCCUUUGGUGCCGUCAACGGAAGCUACAGCAAAGUCCAAUCGUAUCAACAAUACCAAUGGCUGGUCAAGGAUCUCGCCAACGUCGACCGAUCCAAGACACCAUGGGUGAUCGCCAUGAGCCAUCGUCCCAUGUACAGUUCCGAAACGUCCAGUUAUCAGACAUAUGUCCGUAACGCGUUCGAGGCCUUGCUCCUCGAGAACAACGUCGACAUGUACUUGUCAGGCCAUAUCCACUGGUACGAACGCCUCUGGCCGCUCGGCGCCAACGGCACCAUCGACUCGACAUCCAUUGUCAACAACAAUACGUAUCUAACCAACCCCGGCAAAUCCAUGACGCACAUCAUCAACGGAAUGGCAGGCAACAUCGAGUCUCACAGCUUUUUGGACGCCGACGAGCCGAUCAAGAACAUCACAAAUGUUCUGGACCAAGAACACUACGGGUUCAGCAAAUUGACCGUCCUCAACGCUACCGCCUUGAAAUGGGACUUCAUCCGCGGCGACGGAGCCGGUAUAGGAGAUUCCUUGACCUUGUUGAAGAAGGGAUGCUACAACUUCUAAAGCGGCCGAGGGUAUAGGACAAGCGCACAUACUCCCUCUGAUGGCUUUUGACGCGCGCGGACCCAUCGGCAAGCAGUUUGUACAUAGAGCCACCGACCUGCAGGUAGCAUGCAUUGUCGAAAAGAAGUCCCAGCAUGAGACACCCAAGAUAGAGCGCGUAGUAAUCACUGGGUAAUAUCUAAUCCAAGCCUUUGCUACGGGAAGAAGCGAC